AUGUUCUGGUCAGAGGUUGGUAACGAUCCCCAGAUAGAGCGGUCAGGGAUGGACGGCUCUGAGAGGAAGGUGGUGGUGACUCGUGGUCUCAGCUGGCCAGUCAGUCUCUCUGUGGACACUCUCACUGACCGAAUCUACUGGGCCGACGAAAAACUACAGUGCAUCGGCUCUGUAUCCCUGGAAGGACACAAUGUCAGGGUAACACUGCAGCUAACAUUAAUUAUGGUUAUAGACUUUACAGUAAACAUGGAAUGUCUAGAUAUGAACUUUAUAGUAAACAUGGAAUCUGGUUAAUUAAGAUGUUUCUUUUUGCUCUUGUCUGUCUUUACCAAAGCUUCUGCAGAUGACUGAAAUGCCCAGUCCCUUCUCUGUAGUGGUCUUCAAUGACAUGGUCUACUGGUCUGACACCAGGAGGAGAACUAUUCAAGUAGCCCACAAGAACACUGGCAAGAACCGCAAGGUUUUACUCAAAAGGCCUGGACAGCCUUUUGGCCUCAGGGUAAGGAUUUAUAAGAGGGUUAGGAUAAGGGCACUUCAAGUUCAUGGGUUCAGUCCUUAUAAUCAGUUGUAGUGGUCAUGAUGUUGACCUUGUCACUGCCCUUCUCUCCCUUGGUCUCUUUCCUUCUAACUGUCUCGUUCCUGGUCUCUAUGUCACUUGCGCUCGCGCGGUGUCUCGUGCGCGGUCUCUCUCUCUCUGUCUCUCUCUCUCUCUCUCUGUCUCUUUGUCUCUCUCUGUGUGUGUGUGUGUGUAUAGAUGAUGCACCCCCUCAUGCAGGCCAACGUGUCCAGCCCCUGUGAGAAGCUCCAGUGUUCAGACCUCUGUCUCUUGGCUCCAGGGCUAUCUACGGGGCCCAAGGCUGUGUGUCGAUGCGCAGCAGGGCUACUUCUGGCUGGGGACGGCCUCACCUGCUCCGCCCUUGUAGACACCACCUUCCUCCUGCUCCUCUCUCCUACUGCAGUCACACAGGUAUGUGCCUCUGUCCUACUGCAGUCAGUCAUGUAGGACAGUAUAUUGGUCAAACUGUGAUUUGACCUCCACCUAUAGCUGGCUGUUGGUCAGACAGGAUCCACCUAUAGCUGGCUGUUGAUCAGACAGGAUCCACCUAUAGCUGGCUGUUGAUCAGACAGGAUCCACCUAUAGCUGGCUGUUGAUCAGACAGGAUCCACCUAUAGCUGGCUGUUGAUCAGACAGGAUCCACCUAUAGCUGGCUGUUGAUCAGACAGGAUCCACCUAUAGCUGGCUGUUGGUCAGACAGGAUCCACCUAUAGCUGGCUGUUGGUCAGACAGUGAUGUUGCCUCCAGCUAUUUAUGAAUCUAGAUUUUUCUACUCUUGUAUUUCUGUUUAGAUAUACCUUAGCACCAUGCAUAAUGGUGUGGGUUUGACGCGGUGGCCUGAGCACCAUGUAUUGUCUCUGCCGGGGGUGCACCAGGCUUCAGGGCUGGAUUUGGCUGUACAGGACAGGACAUUAUACCUGGCUGAUGCUGCCCAGGGCUCAGUGGGUCUCCUGAAACUGAGUAGCUCAGGGCUGACACCAGGCAGCAGAGUCCUGAAUCUCCCGGACGAUACGGUGACGGCUCUGGCUGUAGACUGGGUAACACUCAACCUGUACUGGAGUAGCAGCAAGCAGCCUGACCUACAUGUCACCACCAGCAGGGGGCAGCACACUGCACUUCUGCUCCAACCAGGAGUCCAGGGAACCACCUCCGUCGCCCUGCACCCCCCCUCAGGACGACUGUGCUUCACGGCCUUGGGCCAGGUGAAUGUGAGGAGCCUGCCUCAGGUGGACUGUGCCUUCAUGGAUGGACGCAGUCAGAAGCUGCUCUGGAGGAAAGCUGUGAUGCCAACCUCCCUUCUGUUCUCCAACAAGGGCACUCAGCUGUAUUGGGCUGACAUAGGUGAGGUUAUAACCGGUACUGGGCUGACAUAGGUGAGGUUAUAACCGGUACUGGGCUGACAUAGGUGAGGUUAUAACCGGUACUGGGCUGACAUAGGUGAGGUUAUAACCGGUACUGGGCUGACAUAGGUGAGGUUAUAACCGGUACUGGGCUGACAUAGGUGAGGUUAUAACCGGUACUGGGCUGACAUAGGUGAGGUUAUAACCGGUACUGGGCUGACAUAGGUGAGGUUAUAACCGGUACUGGGCUGACAUAGGUGAGGUUAUAACCGGUACUGGGCUGACAUAGGUGAGGUUAUAACCGGUACUGGGCUGACAUCGGUGAGAGAUUAUGACCUGUAAUGGGCUGAUUUAUGUGAAAGAUUUAAACUUGUACUGGGCUGACAUCUUUCAGAUAUUAUAACCUGUACUGACUGGGCCAACCUAGAUUAUUGUGGCCCAUUAUAAGCUAUGUGGAAUACCUCAUUGAGAUGAAUUGUUUUCACCAGGCCUGCUAUCCUCAGUGAAAACAUGUCCCUUGUUGCAGGUGCUGGAGUGAUCGGCUCCAUUCUUCUGGAUGGUUCUGGAUAUAAACAGUUUAAAGCAGGUCCCGGCCUCAUCUCCUUCACACGAGCUGAGAACAUCCUCCUGUGGAGCACCCUGGACAACGGUAUGGUACAGCCCUACACGACUAAUCCACACCGUACACCCCUAAGCCCUAGGAAGUCUGAGCGGUUGUAUGAAACCAAUCGGUACGUCAAGCAAAGCUCUUAACCUUGCCAGCCCGCUCUUCAUUUCUAUUAAAUUCAACUCGCAAGAAGUUUGGCGUCUGAACUGUGCGUAACCGACCUGACACCCCUAAUUCUAACCUUGACAACGGUACAGCCCCACACUCCUAACCCUUUAAUUCCGUAAAAUGAGUGUGGAAGAGAUGAGAAAUUGAUUGUCUAUCAACAAUGACAAGCCACUGGGGUCUGACAACUUGGAUGGGAAAUUACUGAGGAUAAUAGCGGACGAUAUUGCCACUCUUAUUUGCCAUAUCUUAAAUUUAAACCUACUAGAAAGUGUGUGCCCUCAAGCCUGGAAUUAAGCAAAAGUCACUCCGCUACCUAGGAAUAGUAAAGCCCCCUUUACUGGCUCAAAUAGCCGACCAAUCAGCCUGUUACCAACCCAUAGUAAACCUUUGGAAAAAAUUGUUUGACCAGAUACAAUGCUAUUUUACAGUAAACAAAUUGACAACAGACUUUCAACACGCUUAUAGGGAAGGACAUUCAACAAGCAGAGCACGUACACAAAUGACUGACUAGCUGAGAGAAACUGAUGAUAAAAAGACUGUGGGGGCUGUUUUGAUAGACGUCAGUGCGACUUUUGACAUUAUUGAUCAUAGUCUGCUGAUGGAAAAACUUGUUAUGGCUUUACACCCCCUGCUAUAUUGUGGAUAAAGAGUUACCUGUCUAACAGAACACAGAGGGUGUUCUUUAAUGGAAGCCUCUCCAACAUAAUCCAGGUAGAAUCAGGAAUUCCCCAGGGCAGCUGUCUAGGCCCCUUACUCUAUUAAAUCUUUACUAACAACAUGCUUUGAGUAAAGCCAGUGUGUCUAUGUAUGCGGAUGACUCAACACUAUACACGUCAGCUACUACAGUGACUGAAAUGACUGCAACACUUAACAAAGAGCUGCAGUUAGUUUCAGAAUGGGUGGCAAGGAAUACAUUAGUCCUAAAUAUUUCCACUGUGUUCUUGGGGACCUUCAGUGUUGCAGAAAUAUUUUGGUACCCUUCCCCGGAUCUGUGCCUCGACACAAUUCUGUCUCGGAGCUCCUCAGACAAUUCCUUCGACCUCAUGGCUUGAUUUUUGCUCUGACAUGCACUGUCAACUGUGGGACCUUUUAUGUAGACAGGUGUGCCUUUCCAAAUCAUGUCCAAUCGAAAAAGUCAAGGGGUCUGAAUACUUUCUGAAUGCACUUGAUCUACAAUACAACAUGUAUAAUACCACCAUAUUACAAUGUACGUGUGUGUGCGUAUCUCUUCAGUCCCUGCUGUUCCAUAAGGUGUUUUAAUCUGAUUCUACAGCUUGUAUCAGUUACCUGAUGUGGAAUAGAGUUCCAUUUAGUUAUGGCUCUAUGAAGUACUGUCUACCUCCCAUAGUCUGUUCUGGAUUGUGAAGAGACCUCUGGUGGCAUGUCUUGUGGGGUAUGCAUGGGUGUCCGAGCUGUGCUAGUAGUUUUAAACAGACAUCUCGGUGCAUUCAGCUUGUCAACACUUCUUCCAAAAACAAGUAGUGAUGAAGUCAAUCUCUCCUCUACUUUGAGCCAUGAGAGAUUGACAUGCAUAUUAUUGUUAGCUCUUCGUGUACAUCCAAGGGCCAGCCAUGCUGACCUGUUCUGAGCCAAUUGUAAUUUUCCGAGGUCCUCCUUUGUGGCACCUGACCACACGACUGAACAGUAGUCCAGGUGUGACAACACUGGGCCUGUAGGACUUGCCUUGUUGAUAGUGCUGUUAAGAAGGCAGAGCAGCGCUUCAUUAUAGACAGACUUCUCCCCAUCUUAGCUACUGUUGUAUCAAUAUGUUUUGACCAUGACAGUUUACAAUCCAGGGUUACUCCAAGUAGUUUAGUCACCUCAACUUGCUCAAUUUCCACAUUAUUCAUUACAAGAUUUAGUUGAGGUUUAGGUGAAUGAUUUGUACCAAAUACAAUGCUUUUAGUUUUUGACAUAUGUAGGACUAACUUAUUCCUUGCCACCCAUUCUGAAACUAACUGCAGCUCUUUAAGUGUUGCAGUCAUUUGUCACUGUAGUAGCUGACGUGUUGAGUCAUCGGCAUACAUGGACACACUGGCUUUACUUUGAAAAAAGUGGCCUAGACAGCUGCCCUGGCGAAUGCCUGAUUCUAUCUGGAUUAUGUUGGAGGGUCUUCCAUUAAAUAACACCCUCUGUGUUUUGUUAGACAGGUAACUAGACUGACUCUCUGUUGUAGAUGUAAUUCGAUUCUGUCUCUGUAGAUGUGACUAGACUGGAUCUCUCUCUGUUGUGUCUCUGAUGUGGCUCUGUUGAUGUCUCUGUUGAUGUGGCUCUGUCUCUGUUGAUGUGGCUCUGUCUCUGUUGAUGUGGUUCUGUCUCUGAUGUGGCUCUGUUGAUGUGGCUCUGUCUCUGUUGAUGUGGCUCUGUCUCUGUUGAUGUGUCUCUGUUGAUGUGUCUCUGUUGAUGUGGCUCUGUCUCUGAUGUGGCUCUGUCUCUGAUGUGGCUCUGUCUCUGAUGUGGCUCUGUCUCUGAUGUGGCUCUGUCUCUGUUGUGGCUCUGUCUCUGUUGUGGCUCUGUCUCUGUUGUGGCUCUGUCUCUGUUGUGGCUCUGUCUCUGUUGUGGCUCUGUCUCUGUUGAUGUGUCUCUGUUGAUGUGGCUCUGUUGAUGUGGCUCUGUUGAUGUGGCUCUGUCUCUGUUGAUGUGGCUCUGUCUCUGUUGAUGUGGCUCUGUCUCUGUUGAUGUGGCUCUGUCUCUGUUGAUGUGGCUCUGUCUCUGUUGAUGUGGCUCUGUCUCUGUUGAUGUGGCUCUGUCUCUGUUGAUGUGUCUCUGUUGAUGUGUCUCUGUCUCUGUUGAUGUGGUUCUGUGUCUCUGUUGAUGUGGCUCUGUCUCUGUUGAUGUGGCUCUGUCUCUGUUGAUGUGGCUCUGUCUCUGUUGAUGUGGCUCUGUCUCUGUGUCUCUGUUGAUGUGGCUCUGUCUCUGUUGAUGUGGUUCUGUGUCUCUGUUGAUGUCUCUGUGGCUCUGUCUCUGUUGAUGUGGCUCUGUUGAUGUGUCUCUGUUGAUGUCUCUGUUGAUGUGGCUCUCUGUUGAUGUGGCUAGACUGGUUCUGUCUCUGUUGAUGUGUCUCUGUUGAUGUGGCUCUGUCUCUGUUGAUGUGGCUCUGUCUCUGUUGAUGUCUCUGUGGCUCUGUCUCUGUUGAUGUGGCUCUGUUGAUGUGUCUCUGUUGAUGUCUCUGUGGCUCUGUCUCUGUUGAUGUGGCUCUGUCUCUGUUGAUGUGGCUCUGUCUCUGUUGAUGUGUCUCUGAUGUGGCUCUGUCUCUGUUGAUGUGGCUCUGUGGCUCUGUCUCUGUUGAUGUGGCUCUGUUGAUGUGGCUCUGUCUCUGUUGAUGUGUCUCUGUUGAUGUGGCUCUCUCUGUUGUAGAUGUGACUAGGCUCUGGUUCAGUGAUGGAUUUCAGCCCAAGCAGCUGUGGUUUGAGGUCAAGACCAAUGUAGUGGCACUGAGGGUUUACAGCAAGACCAGUCAGAAAGGUAAGUGUGUGUGCUGCGUCCACGACGGCCCAGUGUAAAGACCAGCUCUGCCUCCUGAGAGAUUGAAUAGAAGCAGAGGGAUAUGAGAUCUGUUGAAAGACCAAGCUUGGCGUACCAUGAAGGCCCAACCGGUCUCUGAAACCUGCUUCAUUCAGUCCUCUCCUCUGUGAUUCGAUUAGGCGCUUACUGGUCUCAAAUAGGACAAGCUUGUCUCACAAAUGUGUGGAAAAUCUGCAUGAAAUCUGUGGUAUGAUUUGACUCAUGAUGAAGUUCCAACUAGCCAUGUGGGUCACAGUGCAGUUAGGUGAAGUUCCAACUAGCUUUGUGUGUCAGUGCCGGAAGGAACAAAACACAUUCCUGUCAUCCAUGUUGCAUCACACUGGUCCAGAGACACUAAACCAGCACCCUUCCUCUGCCUGUAGUGUAUUCAGAGUUAAGUAGUGUCACAUUCAGCCACCAAUGCUCCUCUGUCCUGUCUCUCCCAGGAACGAACAGUUGCUCAGAGAGGAACGGAGGCUGCAGUCAGCUGUGCCUGGCCUACCCAGGGGGGCGGAGCUGCCGAUGUGGACGUGGUUACCAGCCUAUCGACACCACCACGUGUAGCCCUUUCCCCUCCCUCCAGUGUCCAGAGGGCAGCAGGGCCUGUAGCGACGGCAGCAGGUGCCUCCCCCUCACAAAGUUCUGCAACCACCAAACAGACUGCCUCGACCAAUCAGACGAGAUCAAAUGUGAGUCUAACCCCAAACCCGUCUAA